AAAUUAAGCGACAUGACAUUGGCGCCGUUGGUGAUUGCACUGUUCUCCAUCUCUCAUACAUGCAACCUGGGAUUAAGGAUAAACAUUUGUAUUGAACCAUCUUGCUACGUUCAUCAAAGUGCCUCCUCGUUUUGAACAGUGCCGCAUACGUACAGUUCACUGGUAAUUUGGAACAUCGAUGUCACCCUGACAGACGUCAGCGUUCUUCAAGCUUACUGGAAGGUAUAUCCGGAUUUAAAAUUCUUAAAAGCUGCAUGAUUUCAUCUCAUCGAUCUGUAGCAGAAUGGAAUUCAGACGACAGGCUAGCUCUUUCUCCUUCACACUGAUCACUAUAGGGUUAUUUGCAUUCUGCAUUCUUUCGGUAAACUGUGGGAGACAAUACAUAUUCGCCCCGACGUCGAAUCACCGCCGUUCUACUCAUUUUGAUAUUGGCAUGGUUUUCCAAACGUUGGGGCAAGAAGAAACUGACAUUCGAGUCUCGUUCCCAAGAAGAUCAUAUGAAGACCAUAUCAUCCUGCCACCUGGGUCUCCUCCAUACAACUAUACCUUGCCGGAGUCUCUGAUAAGUCAUAAGUCAGAAGCGGGAAUUUUCAAUUCGACGGUCUUUGUAACAUCGGAACAAGAUAUAGCGGUUGUUUCAUAUAACUUCGCAUUCAAAUCAUCGGACACAUUUUCCCUGAUACCCGCGGAGUUCCUUGGUAAGGAAUACUUUAUAACCCUGAUAUCUGGUGUGUAUAAUGACACUAUAAUAAUAUCUGCUUUCGAAAAGAAAGUGAUGGUUAAAAUAUUCCUAACUUCGUCCAUUCAGCUCCAAAACGAUACCUAUAACGAUGGUGACACUCUGAGACUCGUUCUUCUACCUUUUGAAUCUUUCCAACUGAUCUCAAAAUAUACAAACAUAACAGGAUCUCGGAUCACCGCAAACUCUUCGAUUGCAGUAACAGUUGGUUCUGAAUGCGCUAAUGUGCCUGAAGGCCUCAAGUAUUGUGACCAUCUCGCAGAACAGUUAGCUCCAGUGAAAGCAUGGGGAAUGCUUCAUGUGUUGGGCCCGUUCCCAAGACGACGUUCCGGCUACGUAUUUCAGAUAGUAGCAAGUCGGAAUGGUACAACGGCGAUAUACAAUGACAAUACUGUGAAUAUGAACAUGGGCGAUUAUAUCACAGUUGAUAACCCCUCUCAAAACAUGACUUUCGUGUAUGCAGACAAACCCAUCUCAGUAAUGCAGUAUAGCAAAGGGCGGAGUUCAGACAAUAAUUCCUACAGUGACCCGUCAAUGAUUCGAGUUAACCCUAUCAAGCAGUAUGUCACAAGAACAACGAUUCCAGUCUUCGAGUUCAACAAGACGUCAUCAAAUGAUACAUCAUAUAUUGGAAUAACUGCCGAGUGCAAGCACUUCAGAGGCAUUUCAAUAUACCGAAACAAUCAACUUCUAUCAGUAAUGUGGGAUGAGGAAUAUUCUCUACAAAUACAGGAUGGGAUGGAAAUGUGUUCAAAGUGGAUGGUUGCUGCCCACGGAAGAUAUUCAGUCGAGGGCGACGACCAGGGAACCUACCCGGGAUUUCAUCCUGUUGUAUACGGUACGUCCUUUGGCAAAACACACUUGUACCGGGCUGGCUCAACUGACAAAGACUUGACUACAUCGGAAGCUGCAUCGGUUGCUGCUGACAUAUGCCGUAUUGCUCAUUUAGUCAUCAUGGCAGUCGCCGUUAUCUACAGACUUUAAAGAUUUCAUUUCAUCAAAACCAAGCCUUAGUAAGCCUAUCCUUGUAUCAAGUGACAACGUCUAAUCCAAUUAAAAUGAUGAUGACUACGAUGAUUAUUACGUUGGUGAUGACGAUGAUGGUGACCUAGAUGGCAUCCAUGACUUGCUGUUAUCACGCCAAUAAAUUAUAGAAUGCCUAAUAUAGGCAAUAUUUAGCGUGACUUUUGAAAUAAGACAGUGUUUUUUUUAACGAAUAUUAAAUAAUAUUUUACCGACCAACUUCCGGAAAAUCUGCGAGUCUCACAGUAUCUUUGUUAUGAUUGCUAUCAUAUUCACUCGUUAUGUUUCUUCAUUUCAAUUAUCAUCUUUGUUCCUUAUAUUCGAAUUAUAUAUAUGCAGAUGUAGGUUAUGAUCAUUUAGAAUAAUAUCUUUUGGUUUUGCGUUUUACUGCGUUUUUCCAUAUUUCAAAAAUAUUGUGUCACUAAAAUUUAAAUCGAAUGUAAAUAGUAAUGUUGUAUUACAAAUACCUAUAUCACAAACAGUAUGUGUGCAUGCAUAAAGAUAUACCAAAAUAAUGAUUGUCGAAGAACAUAUCAGCCCUAAGUCAUACAUGAAUUUCAUGGGGGAUGGACCCGGACAAUUUAGGGGCACUGAUAACGGGGAAAGGGUAGGGGAUUACUGCCCCCUUUGAUUUGUCACGUAAGUAAAAAGAUAAAGUAAGAUGGAAACGAAAUUUAAAAAAAGAACAAACAGAAAAAAAUGUCUUAAAAGAAGAUAUGUCGGUCGUCUGACUCGAUAUUACCCCUGUAAUUCAAUUGAAAACGAAAAUUCCGGGGGAAAUGCAGUCCAUGUUUCUAAUUAUUUCAAUUUAAUAAAAAUGAUUUUUCUACGAUUAUAUUCAUUAAUUUCGUGAAUCCUGUUAUGAAGAAAUUCCAUGGAUGCUCGACCGGACGAUCAGAGUAGCCGUGUUUAAGAAUUUGUAUGUGAUAGACACCUUUUUAAAUUCUCGAGUUAUGAUGCUUUCGCUGAUUUUCAACAAUGUAACAAUAUUUUGAUUCAUCUGUUUGAUGUACAUUGAGAAAUUAUGAUAUGUGUAUUAUUUCCUUGUUAUGAAUCUUGCCUUAAUCUUGAAUAUUACAGUUCAUUUUCAUACAAAAAUGGUUUCAGUUUCUCAUGUUAGUCAAUCCUGACGCCAUCCACGAUCAUGAAGAUGAUGGUGAUGAUAAUGAUGAUGAUGAAUAAUGGUGAUGAAAACGCUGCUGCUACUGCUGAUGAUGAUGAAUGCUGAUAAUGAUGAUGACAGUAUUAUUAGUAUUAAUUGUAAAUAGUAAUAGAUAAUAUCGAUAAUUUCAUUUUAGAUAAUGAUCACUUAAAACGAUAAUUAUAGUAAUAUUUUUCUCAAUUUGCUUUAAUUACCCUUCAGAAAGAUGGUUUGACUGUUUGAGUCGCUCACUUUCUGACUUAAACGCAAUAGAGCGGAAUCACAGUAACUGUUAGCCUUGCCCAAUCAGGAAUAAACAACAUAAUUAUAUUUGGAAUCUUCGAAAAGGUACAUACAUCAGUCAUUAUUUCCAGAUGUGAGAUUUUGAACAUUUUCGGAGUUGAAAACUCCAAACCGGUUACAA